UCAGAGAGUCGAUCCGGGUACUCGGCUGGAAGGCUGGAAAGAGCCUAUAGGUACCAAUAUGGCGGAGGCUUCCUUCGGGAGUUCGAGCCCAGUUGGCUCUUUAUCGUCUGAAGAUCAUGACUUUGAUCCGACAGCAGAGAUGCUAGUCCACGAAUAUGACGACGAGAGGACUUUGGAGGAGGAAGAGUCAUUGGAGGGCGAGAGAAACUUUAACUCAGAGAUAGCCGAUCUGGAGAAGGAGGGGAACAUGCCGUUGGAGGAACUGCUGGCCAUCUACCGCUAUGAGGCGUCUGUCAGUACGGCUGCGGGCUCCAGCAUGGACAGCUUUUCUGGGGAGCUGACGGAUGAGCUGCCAGAUAUGACUUUGGACAAGGAGGAGAUAGCUAAAGACCUGCUAUCAGGGGACUAUGAGGAGGAGACCCAGUCAUCCGCUGAUGACCUCACCCCUUCAGUCACCUCCCAUGAGGCCACCGACUUCUUCCCCAGAACACUCAGAUCUAAUACUAUCUACGACGGUGAUAAGGAGUCCGAGUGUGAGGAGGACGGCCCAAGCCUAGAGGACUCCAGAAAGGAAAUAAUGGUGGGGUCGCAGCACCAAGCAGAGGUCCCCACCCACCUCUGUCACUAUGGCGACGAUAAGGUUUACGAAGAUGAUGACCAGUUGCUAUGGAGCCCGGACGUGUUGUCAGAAAGCAAGGUCAGGGACUUCCUGUGUGAGGCGUCGUCACGGGCGACCGAUGAGAGGACAGGAAGUGACAUGGCAGGGGCUCAUGUGAGCGACAAUGAGCAGGCUCUGUAUGAGCUUGUGAAAUGUAACUACAAUACCCCUGAAGCACUGGAGAGGUAUUGCAGUAACGUGAAUUCAUCACAGGAGGAAUCCCCACCGUGGUCUGAAGAUGAAUGCAGAAACUUUGAACAUGCACUACAGCUAUACGAUAAGAACUUUCACCUCAUACAGAAGCAUAAGGUUAAGACACGGACGGUAGCUGAAUGUGUGGCCUUUUACUACAUGUGGAAGAAGUCGGAGCGCUUUGAUUUCUUUGUCCAGCAGAAUCGCUUUGGCAAGAAGAAGUAUAGCAGCUAUCCUGGUGUAACGGACCUGAUGGACCGGCUGGUGGACGAGGCGGAGGGCCUGGCAGUAGACAGCUCCUCCUCUGUGUGCUCAGGCGGAGGAGGAGGGGUGAGGAUGGAGCCCACCACAGAGCAGCAGCUCAGCCUGCUCAACUCCAUCACUGCCAGCGACCUCACAGCCCUGAGUAACAGCGUGGCCACAGUGUGCAGCCCAGCGGAGGUGAGCUGCCUGGACUCGUACGGUUUCCCCCCUCUGGAGAGCCUUCACCGGGGGUCCCUGGCACAGGAAGAGCCCCUGGGCUUCCCCUCCAACGGAGGAGAUCCCGACUGUCUCAACAUGCUGGACGCUGGCUUCUACCACUCAGACCUGGGCCAGCGGGGAGGGGUGUACGGGGGCAAGGACUGCGAGCGGCCUUCUAAGAGGCUCAAGUUGGCGCUGCCCGACUCUUUCAUCAACGACGUUUCUGUGGGUAACCUCGGAGUGGAUUUUGAGGGGCGGCGGAACACGGCACACCACCGCAUCACCGGCGCCAAGAUGGCGGUGUCCGUCACGGACUUUGGGGGCUUGGCGGCAGUGGGGAGCCCAAUGGGUUUAUGGGAGCACAUGCACGACGUCACAGCACAGCGCUCCAGUCAGAGUGACCACCCCCGCCCCCAGAAUCCCUCUUUUAAAUCCACCAUCCCAUGUGUACAUAAGACUCACUCACUGGAGAUUUUUGUUUAAUAAUUAUAUAUACACAUCUAUUUCGUUUUGGAUUUUAUUUGUGAAAUAUGACAUCAGUGAUGUCUUUAUCGUAUAGAACAAAAAAUCUUGAUUUCUCAAGAGUUUAUAUAGCCAUUUAUUUUCCGCGGCCCUGAGAUGUCAGUGUCCAUGUGGGGCCCAGCCUGUCCCGGAGGCUGCGGAUAGACAGUUGUGUUUUGUUCCUCAUCACCCACAUCUACAGACGACUUCUUCAAAGCUACGUAAUCCUGCCACUCAUAUACAGUUGCCAAACCAGCUUUGUUCUGGUUUACUAAGUUUGUUCAUUAUUAAAGUGGUAUUUUUGAUUAACAAUCAGUGUUUACAGGUACUUGCAGAAACCAAGCUUGGUCAAAUGUGUUUUGUCCGAGAGGAGCCUGGGUUUUGUACUUAAUGCAACAACACUCGUUGGUGUUGAGGCGGUGUAGAUUUUAACUAGGAGCAUAUCAGUUGCUAGGAUGUUUUUCUCUCCCUCUCGCCUUUGUUUUUGUUCCUGUGGAAGCUUCUUUUGUACUCGGCUUGCUUUUUUCAGACUUUUAACAGUCUGAAGUGGCCAAACCAGAGGAGAAUGUUCUAGACUUUUAACAAAAUAUUAUAUGAUGAUUUUCCUCAGUGUUCAGCUGUGACAGAGCUUGCCAAAACAUUUUAAACCUUUUUUAAAUCCGCCAAUUUUAUUAGCGGAGUCAAGUGAUCAAUGUAAAGGCUGGGUCUGACACCCAACUAAUCUGGGCAGUUUUAUCUGUUCAUCAUAUUAUCUGAAACAUGCCCUUAUAAAUCUGUCUCUUAUUGCCCCAGAAAUUAGCCAAUAUCAUGACAAUAUUUUACAUUAUGACAGAACAGUUUUUGGAUUGGCAUUAUAGCGUUGCACUGAGAUGUCAUGUGUUCAGCUCCAGUAAUGUAUAUAGUUUCUGCCCUACUCUUAGCACAACAUGUAUUUCUUCAUAAAUAUAUUUGGCCCCAGUUGAGUGCUAAUUGUGCUGUUUGCAUGUUCAUCAUGGAGCUUGAUCAAUCUGCAAAAGUUAUGGUUUAUUUUUUUUCCCUCUACUGUAUUGUUCAUUAUUGAAACUACUUAAAAGGCCUGCAUAAGCUUGUUAGCAGUAUUAUUUCAUUAUUUAAAGCCACUUUUUUUCCUUUUCUGCAACUUCCACUGUACUGACUGGAGGAUGCCUUGUAUUAACCAGUCCAUAAUUUAAUGUCCAGUUGCAGUCUAACAGAGAUUCAACUUCUAUUUCUCUAGACUGAACUAAUUGUGAAUUGUUGAGUGUUGGGGGGGGGUCAUCAUUGUCUUUUUAAUGUAUGCAGUAGUGAUUGCUUAAUUUACCUAUGCAUUGUGAAUUUGAUAAUUUGUUGGUUUCAGGGGUGUAUAUAUACUGAACAAAAAUAUAAACGCAAUUUCAAUUUUUACAGAGUUACAGUUUACAGAAGGAAAUCAGUCAAUUGAAAUAAACAAAUUAGGCCCUAAUCUAUGUAUUUCACAUGACUGGGCAGGGGCUCACCCGCUGGGUGCCAGGCCAAUCAGAAUGAGUUUUUCCUCACAAAAGGUCUUCAUUACAGACAGAAAUACUCUUCCCCCCCCCAGACUAUCCCACAGGUCUGGCAACCGCUCUGGUGGACAUUCCUGCAGUCAGCAUGCCAAUUGCACGCUCCCUCAACUUGAGACAUCUGUGGUGUUAUGUGUCAAAACUGCACAUUUUAGAGGGGCCAUUUAUGUCCCCAGUACAAGGUGCACCUGUGUAUUGACCGUGCUGUUUAAUCAGCUUCUUGAUAUGCCACACUUGUCAGGUGGAUGGAUUAUCUUGGCAAAGGAGAAAUGCUCACUAACAGGGAUGUAAACAAAUUUGUGCACAACAUUUAGAGAAAUAAGCUUUUUGUGCAUAUGGAACAUUUCUGGGAUCUUUUAUUUCAGCUUAUGAAACAUGGGACCAACACUUUACAUGUUGCAUUUAUAGUUUUGUUCAGUAUAAUUCUGAAUGUCACCCACAAAAGUCCAUAGAUUUCUUACAUAAGCAUUUACCAUACAAUAAUUCACUAUCCUGAGUAUGUACAGAUGGGUUUUUUGCAUUGGUUUUACCUAGCUAGGCGUUAUCUAGUCAUUCUGUUUCUAUGGCAGACAUUGGAGUCAGCUUGUUUGUUCACCUUGCAUUAUUUCCCCAAAUGUGGACAGUUUCGUGUAAAUAAUUAACUAAUAGCCUUAAAUGUCUUCAUUGACCUCUUUAAACUUGUGAAUCUGUGUUGAUACAAAUACUUAAAAUUAGAUUCCUUGUCAAAAGGCAAUAAUGUGUCUAUGUACUGACAUUACAUGUUUUUACAUUUUACUGAUUGGCUUUUGGUGUUUGGAUAUUUGGGGGGGGGGGGGGGGGGUUCCCUUGGCAGUGGGAGACAGCAAAACAAUGCAUGCUAGCUGUGUGACAGUUCUCGAAAAUGUACAACUUAAAAAGGCUUUACCUAAGACGUAUUAAUAUAUUAUUCAAUGUUGCAUUUUGAAGUUGCAAUCAUAAUGUACAAAUACCAUUUUGUUACUCUUCAUUUAUUUCCUUUACACAUUUCUGUCUUUACACAUUUCUGUCUUGGUGAAAGGGAUGGCUUCUGUAGUCAGUAUGUUGAAAGCUGCGUCUUGUUCAGAAUCAAGCCCUCGUCCCUUAGGUACUUUCAUAGAUUUGGGCCGUAUCCACAAAGGCUCUUAUUCAUUGUGAUCUAAAAGGCCAAACUGAUCCUAGAUCAGCACUCCUACUCUGAGACGCUUUGUGAAUACGGUUGGAUAGAUGGAACCAAAAUGGCAGAUGAACUACUACCAUAUUGCUUAUACCUAUCCAAUGCUUUCAGAUACAUCAAGUGCCUAGGGGUAUGUACCAGACCAUUGUUACUCACCAUCAUCAAAGUGCAGAUGUCGUGGGUGUCUCCAGGCUCUCUCUAGCUUUAGCAGUGCAGUGAUAUUUAUUUCACCCUAUGGUUUGGUAUAAAGACUCAGAAAUACUGUCUGAAUGUAAAGGCCAUUGACUAGUAGAUUAAUAUUUUGAUUUUACAACCCUGUCCUGAAAUCUCAUAAUGUGAUAUUUUUUGGAAAUCUCUGGAGAGACUUGUGUGUAAGAAAGCACUAAUUUCUUUUUAUAUUUUGUAUUGUGUUUUGAAGUUUAAUAGUAUAAAAAGAUAUAGCAGUUGUGGUUGUUUAAAAAAAUAAUAUCUAGUUCUUUGAAGUAAAGAAAACACCUUUUUGUGAAUAAAACAUAAAUGUAUAUCCAGAAAUAUAGACAAUCAACAUAUUUACUAUCGAAUGUUCAAGAGAAACUCGCUUUUGUUUAAGAAUUGUACAUAGACACUGAAUUGUUUUUUUUCUUUGGGUUUUGUUAAACAUUUUGUAUUUUCUGUUCUUUAAUACCUGAUGUACAGAUCCAGAAAUAAAGCUCUGGAAAAGAUCUCAA